AUACGCCAAGCUUGUUCGUCUGUUUCCGUGUCAGGUUUCUUUUACGAAGACGUAACGUCGAGAGUUUAAUUUCUUUGCGGAAACAACUUUGUUGCUGCGGAGACUGUUUUUUUGUUUCUCUUAUUCUCUCUUCGAGUUCUUCGUCAUCAGCUGUGUUUCCGACAUGAGAUCAGGUGGAUAGUGCGUCGCUGUGCCUGUGGCUAAAAGUCUGAUGCCACAGCCGCCAUCAUGUUCACCAAAAAGAAGAAGUCUCGCAUCCAGAUUUCCGCUCCAUCCAACUUUGAGCAUCGCGUGCACACAGACUUUGAUGAGCAGGAGCAGAAGUUUGUUGGGCUGCCGCGGCAAUGGCAGUCUCUCAUCGAAGACACUGCCAAAAGGCCCAAACCCUUCAUCGACGCGACCGUCAUCACUACUGUAGAGCCGCGCAAGACAAUUGUACGUGGCAGCAAGCUUGGCGUAGACGGCUCUCUGACCUGGCUGCUGGAUGAGUUUGACACAAUGUCAGUGACUCGCUCCAACUCCCUGCGACGGGGCAGCCCCCCCAUCCAGCCUCGCAAAGACUCCAUCUCCUCAGGAGGAGGGCAGGAGAACGGAGACCCUCCCCACAGACACUACUCGCACCCGGACAGGGACCAACCCGGGGCGGAACACCACCAGAGCGGAGCUGACCUGCGCCAGGGUCCGCGUGCACUGCAUCCUCAGUGGGAUGAGGCGGGUCAGGGUCGUCCCCAGCAGCAGCCCCGGGGCCAGGAGCCCAGUCGGGCCCACAGGGACAGGGAUAGGCCUGCAUCCGGUCCUGCUCCUCCACCACCUCAUAGAGACAGAGAGCAUCGGGAGCGGGGUCAGCUGGCUCACAGGGAUCAACCCGGUGACCUUAGGCCAAAGUCCAGCUACACCGUGCGGGACGGCAGCCCUCAGUCUCCCCGGGACAAGAGGCCUCUCUCCGGGCCCAACAUCCGCACCCCAAACCUGCCAAUGAGUGAGAGCGUGAUGAAGACCACCCAGCAGAGCACACGGCCAUUCAACACCUACCCGAGAGCGGACAGCGAAGGCGGACGGAGCCCCACGGGACAGCCGGUCCGACACCAGGACUCGUCCCCUAAAAACGGCCCCUCCGGCGGCUCCUCCCGAGGCUCCUCCAGCUCUAAGCCCCCUAUAAGCCACCCGCACCCUCAUCACGCUUCCCACCCAAGCCUGGCCCCUGAGUCCACCCAGCACCCUCACACCCAGCACCCCAGCGUUCCGGCCCCACGACCCCCUGCGCCCUCUGGGCCCCCAGCGCCGGGUGCUCCGCCCCAGGGCCGCUCUCCGCAGAGGGAACCUCAGAGGGUUUCCCACGAGCAGUUCAGAGCGGCACUGCAGAUGGUUGUAGAUCCAGGUGAUCCGCGGACCUACCUGGACCAUUACAUUAAGAUCGGGGAGGGGUCAACGGGGAUCGUGUGCAUCGCUACAGUAAAGACCACCGGGAAGCUGGUGGCCGUGAAGAAGAUGGACUUGAGGAAGCAGCAACGCAGAGAACUGCUCUUCAAUGAGGUGGUGAUCAUGCGGGACUAUCACCAUGAGAACGUGGUGGAGAUGUAUAACAGCUACCUGGUGGGAGACGAGCUCUGGGUCGUCAUGGAGUUCCUGGAGGGUGGAGCGCUCACCGACAUUGUGACACACACCAGGAUGAAUGAGGAGCAGAUUGCCGCGGUGUGUCUGUCUGUCCUGAAGGCUUUGUCCGUCCUUCACACACAGGGUGUGAUCCACAGAGACAUCAAGAGCGACUCCAUCCUCCUCACCCACGAUGGCCGCGUGAAGCUGUCAGACUUUGGCUUCUGUGCACAGGUGUCUAAGGAAGUGCAAAGAAGGAAGUCUCUGGUGGGAACGCCUUACUGGAUGGCACCAGAGCUUAUAUCCAGACUGCCCUAUGGACCAGAGGUGGACAUCUGGUCUCUGGGCAUCAUGGUCAUAGAGAUGGUGGACGGGGAGCCACCGUACUUCAACGAGCCGCCGCUCAAAGCCAUGAAGAUGAUCCGAGACAACCUUCCCCCCAAACUGAAGAACCUGCACAAGGUCUCCCCUCUGCUCAAAGGCUUCCUGGACAGAAUGUUGGUGCGAGAUCCGUCUCAGAGGGCCUCGGCCAACGAGCUCCUCAAACACCCCUUCCUGACAAAGGCGGGGCCGCCGCCCUGCAUUGUCCCUCUGAUGCGGCAGAACCGGAUGAGAUGAGACGCUAAAUAUCGAGACCUCUGGACCCUCGAGGGGUCAGCGCUCGCAAGAUCAGCUUGACCGGAAUACUCCUGCACACAGAGGGACGGCCCUCAGAGGUCAUAGGACGGGAGGUCUGUGCUGUGAGCUGCCACGAGCAAACUGCACCUGCAGGAGUAUUCUUUUCUCUUUCAGGAAUCACUGAACUGUGGGAAGUGUACUCCACUAAUAAGAGGCAAUAAGGUGUGUGUGUGUGUGUGUGUGUGUGUGUGUGUGUGUGUGUGUGUGUGUGUGUGUGUGUGUGUGUGUGUGUGUGUGUGUGUGUGUGUGUGUGUGUGUGUGUGUGUGUGUGUGUGUGUGUGUGUGUGAGUGAGAGAGCCACAACUUGUCCAUCGAGUGACUCAAAUGUUUUGCUUUUAAAAGACGUGGAAAGAUUCUGGCCCUUCGUAUUUUUCCAUUUUGACCAUUCCUGGAUUUUAGGUGUGAAGUUGGGGUUUUGCACACCAAUCAGAAUGCUUCAAAGGAGACGUGAGCCUGUUGGCUGAAUUUUUUAGAGACUGGAUUGUCGUAUUUUUGAAUCUCACUGUUCUGGCGCUCUGGGAGCCGGAGCUUCUCACUACAAAGGCCCCCAGACUCGGACACUACCCUCGUCACCCCCACAACCUACUACUGAGGGAGAAACACUUUGGACUCACUGAGUCACAGACCUUUAUUUUGUCAAUUCUAACUUCCUGUUGUAAACACGCAAACAUACACUAAGUCAAAAGGUAAACACUGGAGUUGUGUUGUUGUUUUUUACAGAUGAAUUUUACUCUAAUUUCCUGUUUCCAUGUGUAAGUACAAUGAACAUAGAGAGAUAUAUUAGUUUUGCUAUCUCAAGUUUGUGAUUGUUUUGUUGUUGUUGUUGUUAUUAUGAUUUGUUUCCUGGUUUGUUUUAGAUAGAUGUGAUGAAUUGUAAAGCACUGUCUACUAGAACAGGAAAUCCAACACUAGGCCUUUAGUUGUUGUGUAGCCCAGACAUGACUAGUCGACUCUGGCAAAAUGAAAGGACAAUGACAAACUCUCUUGCCACUUAAUAGAUGGCAAAGUCCUUCCCCCUUUUUACCAAUGUUUUAAGAAGAGAAGACUUACUAUUCCAACCCACGGAGGUAGCUUGCGUUAAAAAGAAACCGGUUCUUCUCCUGUAGCUUUUAGACAAUGAGUGAGUUGUUAGUUGACUUCAUUCUGUAUUUCACGUGCUUCCUCGUAACAUCGUAGCUCCCCUUCAACUGUGGCUGCUGUUUCCAGUCAUGUGUGUUCUCAUCAAUGUUUGUUUUCCAAGUCAAUCCAUCUAGCUGAGUUCCUGAAUCCACCUCAUACUGCAGGUGUGUUAUUUAUUAACCAUAACUUGUGGGUGUGUAUGUGUGCGCGUUAAUAAUCUGAGGCUGAAUGACAAUCGGAAGUAGUCGUGCUGGUUCCUUUUGGGCUCUGAAGGAAUAGUCUUCACUGUCACAAUCUGCGUAUAUUGAUUCAUCUCCUUUUAUCCUUAGUUGCAUAACAAACGGGAGCUGGUGUGCUGUAUGGUUAGAGACCUGUAGAGUAAUCAGGCCGGUGAGGGAGUAGAAAGCACAUCGGAGGUUUUAAGAAUAGGGAAAAACUCACAAGGUUGUGUGUCUUGUGUGUCAGGGAACUAGUAAAAUUUCCCCCACAGGAAAAAGUGUUAUUGAUGUGAGUAAAAUGUCAUGGCCAUUCUUUUUCAAGCUUUAAUGCUUUCAGAACAAUAGUGUGAACCCACAUCGGCCUUCAUCACUGUCUAACAUCCAGCAUCAUCAGAGUAUCUAUCUGCCACAUAACCAAAAUAUUGAUUCAAAAUCAUUACACCAUCACUAAACAUCAUUUUCACAUCAAUUUUUUUUGUGCAUCAUAAUAUUCUUGCCCAGCUAGUCGUUUUUUUAAACUCUUAACAACAAAAAUCUGCCAAUAUUGGUUCUCGAUUUUUAUUCUCCAAAUACUUACUGUCCUCUUGAUAAAUUCUUGACGGCAUUCUCUAAACACGACCCCAGAUAAUCUGUUGUUUUCACAGGUGGCCGAGUGCUGUGUUAAUGCCACCUCCUCCAACGGCAGCUUUCCUUUCAUUAUCAGUGACAAAAUCCCCCAAGCAGUUUCAUAGUGAGCUACAUUUCUCCUGUGUGUGCGCUUGCGUGUGUGUGUGUGUGCGUGCGUGCGUGAGCUCAUGUCCACGUGCUCACACACACGGCCUUGCCUUAACUUUUACAAGCACUGCUCGACUGACUAAUGAGUCCGACUCGACACUACGACUGUUGGAGAAAAGGAGACUUCUUGCACGCCAGGAGAAACUCUUCAUUCCCUUUGAGGACACUUUGUUGGGGCAGAGGACGUUCCCUGGUCUGGCCUCGAGGUCACUGCUCCGCUCACAUCGGCACACCAGGACUUCCACGAGUCGAUUUGUUGAUGAGCAGCUCCUUGUGCCGCCGUCCAGGGUUCAGUGCCUCGCUCUGCCGCAUCCAGGCAAACAGAUGUGGUUUCCACAGAGACCACGUGGUCACUGAGCUCGUUGACCACCCUUUAAAGUACGCAACAGAAAACCGUUUAGAUUCUCUCCUUUUUUUGGAAUUGAAAAAUAAUUUUUGUUGCCAUUUAACAUGUUUCGUCAAACAUGGGAUUGCAACUGCUCCUCCACCAUCUUGUUUUUGUUCAUUUCACUGGCGUUAAAAAAAACAAUAGAAUUCACUUUGCAAAUGUUUUUUCACAAAUACAGAUUUUAUAAAAGUCAUCCAGGGUGUGUGUGUGUGUGUGUGUGUUUUUCCUUUGUACCUGUGUGCUCUCAGCAGGCGGAUGAGGCUCUUCGCUCUUAACAAUGCGUUAAACUGGCCGAGGCUCGACCCUAAAAAAUAUGUCCAAAUAAGCUCUAAUGCUCCUUACAGACUAGACGGUAGAAUGUUUUAGGACACCAGAGACCUCUGUGAGGGGGUGUAUUUAUGGUGGAAAUGAAAUUGUUGUCUGCCUUCCCAAUCGCAUGCAUUUUAGUGUUAAUACUUAUUGCAGUAUGUAUCGACAAUGUCCUGGGAUAUUCAGAAUGUUAAAUCUGGUCCUCACCUAUUUGCAUUUUUUUCAGUGCGUUGAGCUGUCAGCAUCAACCUUUAAGUUUGUAUGAACUUAUUUCCACGGUGUCCGAUGAUGAGUCAUGCCUCAACCCAGCUGAGUAAUUAAAGGUGUGAACGGAUCACCCUCAUGAGCUGUAGAUUGGGUAUCAGUUUUUUCUUUUUCUCUGCUGUCUCAGAGCAUUGGGCAGGAACACUUGUAUUUUUAGCACUUCCAGCCAUGCAGUGGAAGUUACUCAGCUGCGGCGUUUACUGGUAACCGUGCGCUUGAAGGGCGGGUCCCCUCUUAACAAUGACUCCUAUUACAGACCACAGGACAGAUGUGUUACUAGUGCAUGUGUGUGAAUCUCGCAAGAAUUGAAAGUAAAAAAAGCUAGUUUUGCAUUUCUUUGGUGGAUAAUUACAGUUUAAUGUGUCAUUCUGGGUUGGUGUUAUUCUCUUUUAUUUUUUUGUAGGUGCAACAAACGAUACAUGGAGGACAUAUGUAUAUUGGCCUGUUGAAAAACCCUAAUAAACAAAUGAGUAACUUC